AUGCCACCCAGCCAAAGCGCGCAGCUCGCAGCAGCAGCGGCCGCAGGCGUCGGGCUCGGCAUCAUCGCGACCCUAAGUUUCCAGCGCGGCGCGCGACGCGAGCCGGACGAGGACGACGAGGACGACCACGGCGCGGCGCGGGCACGCGUAUGGCGGAGCAUCGGCGGCGCCGUGACCGCGGCCCAACUCUACGUAGGAGACAAGCUCGGCCUCUACGCGUCGCUCAAAUUUCUGUGCGAAACGGCCUACGCGGCGACGCCCGAAGACCUGGCGUUUCAUGCGAACAUCGACGAGCGCUGGGCGCGCGAAUGGCUGGCGCAGCAGGCGGCCGCGGGCUUUGUGAAAUUGCUGCCCGGCACGGGCGACUCUCGCCUGCGCUUCAGACUGAAGCGGGCCUACGCCGACGUCCUCGCGGACCCGAACCACGAGGAGUACGACAUCUCGCUCGUGCGCAUGGUCCCCGCGCUCGUGCAGCGCGCGCGGACGGCGCUGCCGGAGGCGUUCCGCUCGGGCCGCGGCGUCGCCUACGACGACGAGGACAUUUCUCGGGCCAUCGACGACGCGCACGCGAAGCACAUUCGCCUCGUGCUGCUGCCGGUUGUUUUAGGGAAGCUCGGUUCGAUCGUCGGACGCCUCGAGCGCGGCGGGGCGAUCGCCGACCUCGGCUGCGGCGGCGGCAACCUCGUCAUCGCGCUGGCACGGCGGUUCCCGCUCGCCAAGGUCGUGGGCUUCGAGGUGUCGGACACGGCGCUCGCGGUCGCGCGCAAGCGCCUCGCAGUGCGCGACCGUGCCCAUCGCCUUCGGCCAUCGAGCAGACGCGUCGAUGGCGUGGGGCUGACCCGUCGAUCGUUCACGCAGGCGGCGAAGCUGCCGAACGCCUCCGUCGUGGACGCGCGCGAGACGCCUAUGGGCGCCGCGGGGCCCUUCGAUUUGGUGACGACGUACGACGUGCUCCACGACGCGCCAAAGCCGGAGCAGCUCGUCGAGGAGGCCGCCGCGGCGCUGGCGCCCUCCGGCGUCUGGCUCCUCGGCGACAUGGCCGCGCGGGACGGCGUCCGCGAGAACGUCGAGCAGCACCCGGGCGCGGCGACGAUGUACGCCUUCUCGACGUGCCUGUGCAUGGCCUGCGCGCUGAGCGAGCCGGGCGGGCGCGGCCUGGGGACGCUCGGCUUCUCAGAGCGCGUCGCGCGGGAGAUGGUCUUGGGCCGAGGCCUCUUCACCGAGUGCCGCGUCCUCCACGAGGCGGACAACACGCGGUGGUUCGAGGUGACGAGGUAA